AUACGGGUGAUUGGAGGACGCAGGACUGUGGUACAGGGGGAGGAUGUGGACUUAUCCUGCAGACUGAUAGAGACAACCAAGGAGCUCAAACACAUAACAUGGCAGAAAGGUACUCGGAAAGAAAAACAUAACUAUUAUUUUAUGCUGAUUUAGCCCAAUGGGGAUACUAAGUUUAUUGCACCGAAUGGAUUGAAAGGUAGAGUCCAGUUUAUUGGGAACCUAUCAGAAAACCUUGGAUCUAUUCGAAUAACAUCUGUCAGACUGUUGGAUGAAGGCACCUUCACAUGUAUCUUUAGUGUUUUCCCCAGUGGAGCAUACAAUACAGAGAUACCUCUGACUGUGCUUGGUAAGAACUCUUCCUUCACUCUUUACAUCACUGUUUUUACUUUUGACAGUGUAGAAACACUGCAUGUGAUAAUCAAUACUAGAAGGCUAAAAAGUUGGAUGGUUCAUUAUUCAGGUGAAGCAAGAGCAGAGCCCUCAUCCACAGGUUUUGCUUUGCCAAGGAAAAUCCAUCUUCUCUACACGUAGAAAAAAGGGUUCCAAAGGUUGUUGUUUUUUCUCCAGAGGGAUACGAUUCGACCUAUAACCUUUUCUUAUCCUAAGAACCGUUUUUGGAAGAAAUAGUUAUUUUAUGAUUCUUUGAAAGGCAAUAAGGGUCUACAUAGAAACCCUUCAGCUGCUAACAUAAUUACAAAAGGGUUUUCUAAUGAUCAAUUAGCCUUUUUAAAUGAUAAACUUGGAUUAGCAAACACAACUUGCCAUUGGAACACAGGACUGAUGGUUGCUGAUAAUGGGCCUCUGUAUGUCUAUGUAGAUAUUCCAUUAAAAAUCAGCCGUUUCCAGCUACAAUAGCCAUUUACAACAUUAACAAUGUCUACACUGUAUUUCUGCUCAAUUUUAUGUUAUUUUAAUGGACCAAAAAAAUGCUUUUCUUUAGAAAACAAGGACAUUUAUAAGUGACCCCAAACUUUUGAACGGUAGUGUAUGCGUGAAAUUAAUUUUCAUUUACAGUGGACCAUUAUCAUGCACAUGUCAUGUAUGCACUUAAACAGCGAAGGGAGGAUGCUUUUCCCGUGGUUCAUUUGCAUGCCAGCCAGGUAGGCUAUACUCCUGUUGUAAAGCGAAGCAAUGUGCUUAAUAUUAGGAAAGUUGAUAAAUAAAUAUAGUAGGUCUAGCCUAUAGAAAUCUGAUGGGAUCCUCCUCUUUUUAAUAGAGGCCAUCAAAACUCUGUUUUCUCACGCAAUUGCAUAUCCUAUAGAAAUGUUGUGCAACAUGAGCUUAUGUGUGUAAGGGAUCUGGGGUUGGCUGGGUCUAGACAGAGUCUGACACUUCCCCGAUCUACAGAGAGGGGGAGUCAUCAGACUCGAUCUGGUUCACCUGAGUUCUGAGCACACCUGUCAGUAAUUAGUGUAGGAUAUAAAGUGUGCUCAGAAGUUCAGUCGGUGCGAGGUAUUGUUCCUUUGUGACUUGCUAAGCGGUUUGUUCAGAGAGAGAGAGAGAGAGAGAGAGAGCUAGUUUGUUUUGAUUACCAGUGUACCAGACCUGUGCUUCGUUGUUUGACUCCCCGAAUUGCUUAAUCCUCUGCUUGUCUAUCCCAGUGAUUACCGUACUCUGAACCUGUGCCCGUGCCCUCGACUACGACUACGCCCGCUCCCUUGGUACCUCUGCAUGUCUCUGCCUUGCCCGGUUUUGACCACAGCUCGCCAGACCACGAUUAAGCUAUUCCCUUGUCUGUACUCUAAUAAAGCAUCGCAAUUCUGCGAUUGGAUCUUACCACUCUGUCCGAGUAUUCAUUACAAUGGGCUCUCAUGAAGUGUUUGAAUAGAUUUUAUAUUACCUUUGCAUUGAUGUCAGAGUGAUUAGAGGGACAAUAGAAUGCUAAGUACCAGGCAGUUAGCAAGUUUGGUAGGCUACUAAUGACCAUCAGCAGCAUCAGAGCUUGGAGAAGACUAAUUCAGUUUUAGAGUUGAUUUCGUGCAAUUCUACACAUUUUGCCAUGAAAGCCAGUUUUCUGCAACUCUACUCAUUUUGCCAUGGGGUGGAGAGAAAAUGUUGCAGUUGUAUAACAACUUGCCCAUCCCUGGUGUACAAUAAAACACUCAAAACCACGCCCAUUAUUAUCAUAUUUCUGAGCAUGCUCUAUUGCAGGUUGAUUUGUUUGUUUCAAUAUCUGUGUUUUUGUAUGCACAUUGAUUAGUAUGAUUAACCUUAUGCUACACGAAAAAAAGAACAUACAAUUAAUCAACUAAUUCAAUCUUUUACUAGUUGGACUUAUUGCACCCGGUUGUUCCAGUUUAGAUAAUUUAGGUAGAUCAUUUAUCAAUCUUCCCUAACCUGUCAGUCAUUCUAAAAUGCAGGUUGCAGGUGAUUAAAAGUUCCAAUUGUUGGAUAUCCUCACUCUGGCUGAGUAAGGCACUUAACCCUAAUUUGCUCCAGCGGUGCUGUACUACUAUGGCUGACCCUGUAAAACAACACAUUUCACUGCACUUAUCUGGUGUAUGUGACAAUAAAACAUUUUUAAAUACAUUUUAUUAUUUAUAGAGGGUUCUAGGCAGAACCAUUUACAAUGGGAUCUACGAAGAACCCAUAGAGAUCCUAUUCUAAUUCCUAAUUCUAUGGAAGAACCCUACAUAAAGGGUUCUAGGUGGUACCCUCUACAAAGGGUUCUACCUAGCACCAAAAAGUGUUCACCUAUGGGGACAAACCGAAGAACCCUAUGUGGUUGUACUUAGCACCUUUCUUUCUAGUGUAUCCUGUUACUCAAGCUGUAACCAGGAGAGCACAGGCAUCAAUAGUUUACCUAAUGGUGGAACAGACAUUGGAAUUUACAGUAUACACCACUAUAUCCUUUAUACUUUAACGGCAUAAUCACUGGGCUGUGAAUGCUUUUCAGUGAAACAGCUGAAGCUGAAAAACAGCUUUUGCAAUUGUGUGUGUGUGUUAAAUUUAAUAUCUCAGGUGCAAGUACCUCUCAUCAGGGUGAGUUAAAAGCGGAUUUGCCCAAACCUCCAAUACAGUAAAUUUGUAGUUACUAAUGAUGUAUAUUGCAAUUGGCCAGAUAGAGAACAUGAUAGGGUUUAUUUAAAGUGUGUUGGUCAUGUAACAUAAGCAUUUGGAUAAGUUUCACAUGACGGGCUGCGUGUGUUUGGGUUGUUUUUUUCAUGUAUAGUUCCACAUUUAUAAUGAGUGACUUGUUCAUGUUUUCUGUUCUCUGUUUGUUUGUUUUCUGGUCAUAGUUCCUCCAGUAGUGAGUGUGACAGUUGAUGUUCCUCCUGUCAUUGGGGAGAAUGAGGGAGUCUUGGCAACCUGCGUGGCUGCUGGUGCCAAGCCACAGGCAGAAGUGAAGUGGAUUUCAGGUACAUUCGGUAGUUUGUUGAGGACGGUGACUAACUCCACCAAGCACGCCAACGGAACCACCACAAUACUCCGCCACCUGCUCGGGGUGCCAACCAGAGCAGCCAAUCAGCAGCAGGUCCAGUGUGUGGUCAACCAGUCUGCCCUGACAACAGAAAGGAGCUACAACUACAACAUAGACAUCCACUGUAAGUGUCUUCUACUACCACUGUCCUACACUAUAAACAGACACUGUAAAUAUAUUCUACUACUACUGUCCUACACUAUAGACAGACAC